ACCCCAGCGCUGAUAAGAUUAAUCUGCAGGGCCGAUUAUGGUGUAAUUUCCUAUGCUGAAACUUUGUAGAUUUUUUUAAAAAAGGGUUUCAUUUUCCAAUUGGUCUGAUUUCACAGGAAAAUUUACCUGUUUCUCUGAGGCAUUUUUUCUCCUGGAAGAGAGGUGCUGAUUGGCCCAAAAUAACUGACAAUCUGGUGUAACAAAAAUUUCCAAUGUAAACUCACUUUCCCUUGGUUUCAGCAAUUUUAACUCUAUAUAUAGAGAUAUCUCUGUCAGAAUUGCAUUGUUAGCGUCUCUUGAUAACCUUAAUUGUCUCCUAUCACUGACGGUAGAGAUCUAUUGAUGGGUCUCAGGCCCCAGCUAGCUGCCAUCCUGCUCUGCCUUCUAGCAUGUACCGGGAACUGGACCCUCGGAUGCCACCAUGGAGCCUUGAAAGAGAUCAUUCACAUUUUGAACCAGGUCACAGAAAAAGGGACACCAUGCACCGAGAUGGUCGUACCAGACGCCCUUUCAGCAAGGAAGAACUCCACGGAGAAAGACCUCAUCUGCAGGGCUUCCCAGGUGCUUCGCAAGUUUUAUUUCCAACAUGAGGUGACCCUGUGCUUGAAGAACAAUUCCAGGGUUCUCAAAGACCUGAAGAAACUCUACAGGGGCAUCAGCAGCCUGUUUCCACAGAAGAGCUGCAAUGUGAAUGAGUCCACGUACACAACACUGAAAGACUUCUUGGAAAGCCUAAGAAGGAUCAUGCAAAAGAAAUACUGGCAGUGUGGAAGUUCCACGUUUUAA